AUGGAUGCAUCCGUUCCACCAGACAUCGGAAAGCAGGAGAUGCAGGAGAUGAUGGACAACAGACAGUGUGCACUGCAGCCAAGAGACAUUGCUUUCUUUAUGGAGAAGUUUGAGGAGCUGAGCAGGUCAAUGGCUGAUCUAAAGGAAAUGGUCCAGAGCAGCUGCAGUAGACAUGAAAGACAAGGAAGAGGGGUCAUACGUGUGGAUAGCUGGAUUCCACUGAGACAUCGUCAGACGUCCGUUGUGAACAAAUGCCAAAGAGUGCAGAGGGAGCGAGAGAGGACGCUGCUACUCCAGAAGGAGCUCCUGGUUAUGCAAGUGAGGGAGGUGGGGAGGAACACCUAUCCAUCUGAGGACGAGAGGAAAAAGGACCUCAUCAGACUCGUGAACCGGGAUGCAGAGGUUCAGUUUUUGCUCAGGAGAUGCCAAGCCGCCCAUGCCCCUGUCAAUGUGUUUGAGACGGAGCGCGGCGAGACCGAGAGUGAUGAUGAUGAGGAGGAGGAGGAGGAGGAGGUGGUGCUGUUGAAGAGCACAAAUGUGAAAACGGUCAAGAAGAGGGAGCUGAAACGAGAGAACAAAGUGAGACAACGCACAAACGUGGAGUCUGAGACUGAGCGAGAGAUGGAGUCAUCUGCGUCUGACAGUGAAAGUGAGAUAAGAUGGAGACGACAAAAAAGGAGACAGUGGGAAGAGCGCCAAGCUAUAAUGAAAAAAGGCUACAAAAUAACAACUGCUCAACAACAAAUGACAACCACAUCAUCAUCAGAGGAAUCUCUGGAUACAGAGGACACAGACGCGCAGACUCCGACUCAGGUCAUGAUGCCAUUGGAGGAGGCACCCACGGUCAAAGAAGCCCUUUUGGUGACCAAUAAGGAACCAAAGGCUGUGCCGCCGCACACGCUGAAGGAAAACCACAGCGAUGAUAAUCACGAUCAUGACCUAUGCAUGGAAGCGUGUGCACCUCUGAAAGAAACGGGGAACUUCCCUGAAAAAGAGAAAGCGAUGGAAACCGUGAGCUGUCUGACCGAUGUGAAACAAGAUGAAAGCCAUCAGGAGAAUAGAAAGAAGAAAUGCAAGAAACGUUUCCUUCAGACUGAGGAAAUGGUUGAAAGAGAAAAUGAAGGGGAAAAUCACACUGACCAAAAGAGAAAGGAUGGACAGUCAGCCACAGUUGGACUCAUUCAUGACAAAUCAAUGAAGGAGGAGGAAAUGGAUGGUAAGGAAAAUCUGAUUUUGGAAGAUAUGGAUGAGGACCGUGAGAAAGAUGUUACGGCACUGGCUAGGGAAACUGGUAAACAGGACAGAGAAGGUAAUGGAUGGGUAAAAAAGGACAUGCAGAGUGAUCACAUGACACAUGAGGUUGAAAUGGAGGAUGGGGCACGACUAGCGAUGGAGGAGGAUGACUUCUUCUCCUUAGACAUAGAAAUCCCUCUUGACGAGUUAGAUGAGGAAAAUGACACCAAACAGAUAAGAUUAUCUCUCUGCAAAGAACAGGACAAUGACUUGAACAAGGAGCUGGAAGUGUUUUUAAAAGAGAUGGACAAGGAAUAUAACUCGGUUAAGACAGCGUUAUUAAUGCCGAGUGACAAUGGCAAAAAAGAAGAGUCAAAAACCCCACACAACAGGCAUGACAACGGUAUGGUGGAAAAAAAUCUACCAAAAAGGCUGGAGACACUAAAUAACACGCCAAAAACUUCUCAGGUGGCAAGGCAGGAGACAACUAAAAGAGACUUAAACGCUCCGUGUGGAAAUCAGAAAGAAGAGAUUUCAAAACCGGCAGCAGACAGCAAACAUGAUGCCAUGAUUCCACAAGGGAGACCCAGACCAAAAUGGGUGGAGACGUGCCGUGAAAAUACAGUGAAGGAGGAGAGAAUGGAGAGCAAGGACAAUCUUGGAGCUGAUUUAGUUUUAGAGGACAUGGAUGAAGACAGUGAGAUAGAGGAAGAGGCAAGGGCGUCAGACACAACAGACACAGAUAUUGGUGGAUGGAAAGCAAAAUAUGCCCGGAGUGACGCUAAAUCCAUACAUUCAGUAGACACGGGGAAAGAAAAAGCUGUGGCCAACAUGGAGAAUGACACACAAGGCAGGAAUAUGGAAGAAAUUAAGUUGGAAGAAAUUAAUCACAGAAAUGAAAGGUCACCCAAAAUGACAGACCUCACAAACAGCAAAGUCGACGAAGAAGAAGACAAAUUAGAUGAGAGGGAGAUUAAAAGGCUGUUUGAGGAACCAAAAGAGGAAAAUUGGGAGGAGGAUGACUGGCUCUCAGAUUCUGAGGAGCUGCUGGAAGAGAUGAACGAGGACAAGGAGACUGCACACAACAGGCAUGACAACGGUAUGGUGGAAAGAGUUCUACCAAAAAGGCUAGAGACACUAAAUAACACGCCAAAAACGUCUCAGGCGGCAUGGCAGGAGACAACUAAAAGAGAGUUAAACGCUCCGUGUGGAAAUCGAAAAGAAGAGAUUUCAAAUCCGGCAGCAGACAGCAAACAUGAUGCCAUGAUUCCACACGGGAGACACAGGCCAAAGUGGCUGGAGACGUGCCGUGACAACGCAGUGAAGGAGGAGAGAAUGCAGAGCAAGGACAAUCUCGGAGCUGAUUUAGUUUUAGAGGACUUGGAUGAAGACAGUGAGAUAGCGGAAGAGGCAAGGGCGUCAGAUACAACAGACACAGAUGUUUGUGGAUGGAAAGCAAAAUAUGCCCGGAGUGACGCUAAAUCCGUACGUUCAGUAAACACGGGGAAACAAAAGACGGAGGCCAAAAUGGAGAAUGGGGCACAAGGCAGGAUUAAGGAAAAAGUUAAGUUGGAAGAAAUAAAUCACGGAAAUGAGAGGUCACCCAAGAUGACGGACCUCACAACCAGCGAAGUCAACGAAGAAGACAAAUUAGAUGAGAGGGAUAUUAAAAGGCUGUUUGAGGAACAAAAAGAGGAAGAUGGGGAGGAGGAUGACUGGCUCUCGGAGGCUGAAAAGCUGUUGGAAGAAAUGAACGAAGACAAGGAGACUGAGAAGAGAACAUUAACUGCCUGGAGGAAAAAUGUUGAAAAGGGGAGUUCAAAAGUUGUGCAGAGCAGGUAUGAUGAUCAACAGGACAGGGCUAACCCAAAAAGGGUAGAGCCACGGAAUGACAAGAGAAAGACUCCUCAGGUGUCAUGGUUGGAAGACAGUAUAGGGGUUCUGCACCAAGAACAAGACGUGAAGAAAGUGGAGAUGUCAAAGGAUGCAGUGAUGAGCACACAUGAUGAAAUGAAUCAUAUGGUGGUGGACAGAUUUAGAGCAAGAAGGUUAGAGCCACUGAAUGACAAGAGAAAUACUCCUCAGAUGUCAUGGCUGGAAGACAGUAAUUCGGUUCUGCACCAAGAACCAGAGGUGAAGACAGUGGAGAAAUACAAUAGAAAGACUUCUCAGAUGCCAUGGCUGGAAGACACGACUCAGGCUAAAAAGGAUGAGACAAUGCUGAAGGACGAGGAGGAGGAAGACUGGAUCUUGGAGGCUGAAAAGCUUUUGGAAGAGAUGAACGAAGACAAGGUGACUGAGAACAGAAGAUUAACUACCUCGAAGAAAAAUGUUGAAAAGGAAAGUUCAAAAGUUGUGAAGAGCAGGUAUGAUGAUCAACAGGACAGGCCUAACCCAAGAAGGUUAGAGCCACGGAAUGACAAGAGAAAGACUCCUCAGGUGUCAUGGUUGGAAGACAGUACAGGGGUUCUGCACCAAGAACCAAAGGUGAAGACAGUGGAGAUGCCAAAGGAUGCAGUGAUGAGCACACAUGAUGAAAUGAAUCAUAUGGUGGACAGAUUUAGAGCAAGAAGGUUAGAGCCACUGAAUAACAAGAGAAAGACUUCUCAGGUGUCAUGGCUGGAAGACAAUAAUGUGGUUCUGCACCAAGAACCAGAGGUGAAGACAGUGGAGAAAUACAAUAGCAAGACUUCUCAGAUGCCAUGGCUGGAAGACAAAAUAAAGUCUACUCAGGCUAAACAGGAUGAGACAACAGCAAAGGACGACGAGGAGGAUGACUGGCUCUUAGAGGCCGAACAACUUUUGAAGGAGAUUGACGCGGCUGAGGACAAACAGAAGACAGGGUUCAAGUAUAGACGUUGA